AUGGAUUACCCAAGCAAGAAUAGAGAUGAAAGUGAUUACAAUUAUAUUGUGGGAUCUUGCAAUGGCUUGAUUUUAUUAAACUCCCUUGAUAAAGAAACAGCUACUAGUUCAUGGAGAAAAGGCCAAGACAUCCCUCCUGUGGAUUUUGGUGAAUUUCCAGAUUUGCUUCUAAAUGGUGCUCUUCAUUGGAUAGAUUAUUUGGCAGGCAAUACCGCUGCUUGUGAAAAAAACUACAGAGCUAUAAUUUCCUUUGCUAUUGAGAAUGAGAAGUUCAUUCAUCUGCCAUUUCCAGAAGAAACUAUGGCAUUCCGUAAAGGGAGUUACUCUGUCGAAGUGUUGGGAGAUACCCUUUGCUUAGUUUGUAUUGUCCCUUAUGCUCGUGUUGAUGUUUGGGUCAUGCAAAAUUAUGGAGUGAGAGAAUAUUGGACUAAGCUAUUCACCACUACCCAUGUAAAUAUUAUUUCAUAUCCCAAUUCGUUAAAGUUCUAUGACUCUGUUAAAAAUAGUGAGAUUCUAACAGAGGUUGAUAAAUCUUUCGCUUUAUACGACCGAAAGAAAGACAGUGUUAGAUUUGUGUAUAUUAAUGGUGUCGGUGACUUUUAUUUUUCCUCAGACAGUUACGUGGAGAGCUUAGUUUCAAUAAAUUCAGGUACUUAUAUGGGAAAAGAGAUUACGGAUAGAACGAGGAGGGAGUUAAAAAACACGAAGGUUAAACAUAUAUAA